CAGUUAAAGUUCACAGACCCUUUGUUUAUACAUCCAGAAGCGUCUUGAGCCAUGCCACCGAGAAAGAGCAGAGACAAAGAGGUUCAGCCAGCCCAGGCUGAGCAUGCGGAUGACAGUCCAGUCCAUUAUGAGGGCGAAAAUGAUCCCAUCACUUUUCUCCCAAUGUCACCUCUGGCAGAACGGUCCUAUGGGAAUCCAGUAUUUAAGGAGAAAGAAGCAGACUGUGGAGGUGACUUUGCUGAAUCAAGUAAUGUGUUUAGAGGUAUGACUAAACGUUUGAAUUUAGCAUUCAAAGAACAAAACCAGGCUAUGCGGAGACUUGUUGAUAGUCAAGUAGAAUCCUCCAGACGUCAGGAAGAGUUAAUUAGACAAUGUAUAGAAGACAUGAGACGGGUCUUUAAAGAGGGCACUAGGGUGAUGCGAGAAACUAGGGAAGAAAGUCGUAGAACAUUGCAGGCUGUCUCAGAACAAGUGGUUGAGCAAGUGCGACAGCCCAGACUUGAGAUCCCUCCUCCAGUCGAAAAAGACAACAUGAACCAAUGGAGGCUGUUGCUCCUGUUGCAGACCAUGGCCAUCAACCUUAGCAUAGUUAUAUUCUGCCAGUGUGGAGAGGCGUUUGGAGAUGAUAACUUGAAACUCAAACUGUUCCCUAGCUCUUUGACUGGGACAGCCCUUACUUGGUACCUCAGUUUGCCUCAAAAUUUAGUGUACUCUUGGAGGCAAAUGGAGGACUUGUUUCAUACUCAAUUUUAUCGUUGUGAACCGGAAGUGUCUAUGGCAGACUUGUUGAGGUUAGCCCAAAAGCUUGGAGAGUCGUCUGAGGCAUUCCUUGCUAGGUUCUGGAGAGCCAGAAUGAAAUGUAGAGUUGCACUACCAGAACAGGAAUUUGUUAAGCCGGCUGAGAAUGGUCUGGACAUUGAGCUCCGGAAGAAAUUUGAGGGGAUGGAAUUCCGAGACUUCUAUGAAUUGUCUUAUAAAGUGGCUCGGUAUGAAAAUCUGCUGAAAGAAGAUGUUCAAAAAAAAGCUGCAUCACAUGGAACUUAUUACAGUGACCCUAAUUUCGAUCUUGAUGUGGCUGAGGUUGUUAUAGACAAGCCUGUUGUUUGUCCAGACCUUGUCAGACCAACUCACCAGCCUGAGACGUCUGUGAGACGUUAUGUUGGUGAGGCUGGAAAACAGUAUACUUUUGAUGUGUCAAAAGCUAGUGAUAUAUUCGACCACCUUAAAAAGAGUGGUCUGAUUAAGCUGCCGCCAGGACAUAAAAUCCUGACAGUGGCUGAAAUUGGAGCUAGAGAUUAUUGCAAAUUUCAUAAUUCUUGGAAGCAUUCUACUGAUAAUUGUCUUAUUUUUCGUAAUGUCUUACAAGAAAAGAUUGAUAAAGGUAUCUUGAAAUUUCCAAACAAAGCGAAGGAAACCAUGGGAGUGGAUGCAGACCCUUUUCCAGCUGUGUCUGUUGGCGUGAAUGUUGCAGACCUCAGGAGCGUUGCUAGAAAUUGCAGUCUGCCUUAUGCUCAAAGGAACCUUGUUGCCGAAGACUUGAGGUGGGUGCUUGAGGCACAGAGAUCCAGACAUAGUAGGAGCGUCAAGUCAGACCAACAGAGGCUGGGGGGGCAAGGAAGGAUCACUGUGACCAGGAACUUCAGUCCAGAAGGUGCCAGACGUUACUCAAUUGGUACUAGAGCUCCAAGGAUGGUCAAACCGCCACUUAAGUUACCUUCCAGACUGUGGGAGAAAGAUGAUAAAGAGGAGGACAUGGUUGACAAAAUUGUGUCUGAAAAACUAGAAGAAAAGAUGGCCAGACACAUUAGGCCACUUUAUAUCAAUGCUCAUAUGGAUGGGACUCCAAUCAGCCGUGUCUUGGUGGAUAAUGGAGCUGCAGUCAAUGUCCUUCCAACUUGCAUGCUCUACAAAAUAGGCAAGUCUCUUGAUGAUUUAAUGCAUACUGAGAUUACAAUUAGUGAUUUUACAGGAGUGGUGAAUCGUUCAAGGGGUGUGUUGCCUGUUGAAUUAACAGUGGGAAAUAGGACACUGAUGUCUAUGUUUUUUGUGGUGGAUACUGUUGCUACUUAUAAUGCACUUUUGGGUGUGACUGGAUUCAUUCAAGUUGGUGAGGAGGCAGACCGAGGUGAUGAAAUAACUUUGGAGGAGCUGGAUUUGGCCCUAGCCAAAUUGGAUGAUUUAAAAGCUGAAGUUCAAGACCCACUGGAGGAGAUCAAUCUAGGGUCUAAAAGUGAACCAAAGGUAACAUUUAUCAGUGACUCUCUUGAGCCGCAGACACGAGAUCAAAUUGUCAAACUUUUGCAUGAAUUUAAAGACUGUUUUGCUUGGGAUUACUUAGAAAUGCCAGGUCUGGAUCGAAAAUUGGUGGAACAUAAACUGUCAAUUGCAGAAGGAUUUAGACCGUAUAAACAGCCGCCCAGACGCAUGUCUGCAGAGGUCACUUUGAAGGUGAAAGAAGAAAUUGAGCGGCUAGUAACAGCUGGAUUCAUUCGGACAUGCAGUGCUGUUGGAACUUUUGAAUGGGUUGUGAUGCCAUUUGGUCUGAAGAAUGCUGGAGCUACUUAUCAAAGAGCCAUGAAUGCAAUUUUUCAUGAUAUGAUUGGUAAAUUCAUGGAAAUCUAUAUUGAUGAUGUUGUGGUGAAGUCACAUGGUGAAGCAGACCACUUGGUCCAUUUGAGGAAGGCUUUUGAGCGGAUGAGGCAACAUGGCUUGAAAAUGAACCCACUAAAGUGUGCCUUUGGAGUGUCUGCGGGUAACUUCCUUGGGUACUUGGUGCAUGAGCGUGGUUUGGAGGUUGACAAGAACAAAGCCAAGGCUAUGAUUGAGGCGAAACCACCACAGAACAAGAAGGAGUUGCAAAGAUUUCUUGGCCAAGUUAAUUUUUUAAGACGAUUCAUUUCUAACUUGGCUGGGAAAACUAGAGUCUUUUCUCCUCUGUUGAAACUCAAGUCUGAGGCGGAUUUUAAGUGGGAAGAGCACCACCAGUCUGCCUUUGAUAUGAUAAAGCGGUACUUAUCCAGACCACCAGUACUUGUACCGCCUGUGAAAAAUAAGCCUUUAAUUUUGUAUAUAUCCGCCGCAGACGAGUCCAUAGGAUAAUAUGAAGCUUUGAUUAUUGGUCUUGAGAUGUUGGUGGAGCUUAAAGCAUCCAUGGUUGAGGUUAUAGGGGACUCACAGCUAGGCUUGAAGCAAUUGUCUGACAUGUGCCCAGAGACUAGAACUAUGAAGCUAAUGAAAUGGCCCAGAUUGCUUCAGGUCUGCGAAUUCCUGAAGGUCAUUGAUGUUACCCAGAUAGACUGGCGCUUUCCAAUUAUUCAGUACCUUAAGGAUCAAAGCAAUAAGGUAUCUAGGAAAACCAAAAUGCAAGCUCUCAAUUAUGUUUUGAUUGAGGAUGUGCUUUAUAGGAGAGGCCAUGAUGAACUACUGCUACGUUGUCUGGGUCCAGAUGAAAGUUUCCAGAUGUUGUUUGAUGUUCAUGAUGGGAUUUGUGGUGCACACCAGGCUGGGUCAAGAUGUGCUGUCUUGCCAAUGGAGUUAACAGUCAGGUCUUUAAGAAUAGUGAUUCAGCAUAAUCUCCAGUAUGGGGAAUAUGAUGAGGCUAUGAUGCUUGAACUUGAGGACCUUAAAGACACACGUUUGACAGCUUUGGAUAGAUUGCAAGCUCAAAAGCUUAAACUUGCAAAGUCUUACAACAAGAGGGUAAAAGGUAAAAAUCUGGCAGUUGGUGACUUGGUCUAGAAAGCAAUUUUAUCUCUUGGCAAGAAAGAUCACAGAUUUGGGAAAUGGUCCCCAAAUUGGGAAGGACCAUUUCGAAUUCAUGAAGUGUUGAGAGGGGGUGCCUAUUGGUUGGAGUCACUUGAUGGAGAGCUUCAUCCCAGAAAACUUAAUGGAAUUUAUCUCAAGCCUUAUUACCCCACAGUCUGGGAGGCAAGAGGCUUAGAGUCCCAAGAAGCUGUCUGAGCCAGGUUCAUACUUUUGUCUGUGCAUAAAUAAGUUGAUUUCAU